UUCUGUAUUCCUCACUGUUUCCCUCCUUAGAUCUAUGGGAGUCGUCAGAUUGUGCUAGAGAAAGAGGAAACAGAAGAGCUGAAACGGUUUGAUGAGCCAGGUUUGAUUCUCAUUGGUUUCAAGCCCUUAGUAAUGCUGAAGACGCACCACUACCUGAGGCCCUCCCUGUUCGUGUACCCUGAGGAGUCCCUGGUGAACGGGAGCUCAACCCUGUUCAGUGCUCUACUCAUCAAGUGUCUGGAGAAGGAGGUCCUAGCAGUGUGCAGAUACACACCCCGCAAGAACAUCCCCCCUUGUUUUGUGGCUUUGGUGCCACAGGAAGAGGAGUUGGAUGACCAGAAAAUUCAAGUGACUCCUCCAGGCUUCCAGCUUGUCUUCCUACCCUACGCUGAUGAUAAACGGAAGGUGCCCUUUACUGAAAAAGUCAUAGCAAACCCAGAGCAGGUGGACAAGAUGAAGGCGAUUGUUCAGAAGCUCCGCUUCAAGUACAGAAGUGACAGCUUUGAGAACCCAGUGCUGCAGCAGCACUUCAGGAACCUGGAGGCCUUGGCUUUGGACCUGAUGGAGCCCGAACAAGCCGUCGAUCUGACAUUGCCCAAGGUUGAAGCAAUGAAUAAAAGACUGGGCUCCCUGGUGGAUGAGUUUAAGGAACUUGUCUACCCACCAGAUUACAAUCCUGAGGGGAAAGUUACCAAGCGAAAACAAGAUGGUGAAGGUUCUGGAAGCAAAAGGCCCAAGGUGGAGUUUUCUGAAGAGGAGCUGAAAGCCCACGUCAGCAAGGGCACGCUGGGCAAGGUGACCGUGCCUGUGCUGAAGGAGGCCUGCAGGAGGUACGGGCUGAAGGGUGGGAUGAAGAAGCAGGAGCUAUUGGAUGUACUCACCAAGCACUUCCAGAACUGACCAGAGACCAUGCAUCCAGCCAUUCCUUCCACACUGCAGCCAGGCUGCCUGGUUUUGUUCUUCUUAGCAAGUUAAAAAAUGUUUCUCCUGAGUUAGAAGGAGUCUCCCUGACAGAAGCCAAAGGACUUAUAUACAUUUAUGAGACUUUCUGUUGCCGUGGAGGCCAUGUAGUCUUCCCACUUUGCUGUGCCUUAUGCUACUGCCAAAUAAAAAGCCCUAACUUUGUACUAUA